AAGACGGUGUAUACAGAGGAGGAGCUGCCCAUAGUAGUGGGUGUGCCUAGGCCGCGCUCAGGCUUGCACUGCUCCCCACUCAGUACUGCCGAGGACGUCACCCAAUGUAAUGUAACAGCACAGCCAGGAGAGAGCUGAGCAAACAGGCAGAGCAAAACUUCUAACCUCAACAAAAGCCAAGCACACUCAGGAAUUUGCAAGGAUCGAUCGUAUGACUCUUGGGGACCACUUUUUGCCAAAGAAGAUUAUUUUAUGGUGUCAUUUUUAUAGGAUAUUUGAAAAGUUAAAUAUCAAAUACUUUUAAUUUGGUUAAGGUGGAACAUCAAGUCACUGCUUUGGGCAUGGAUUUGUUUGGAGACACAGUGAUUGCCAAGUGCUUCAAGCCAUUGAGGGGCUACAGGGGAUGAUUAUAGAAGAUAUAUAUUCCUCCUACUAUUGUGUUGUGAAAGCGCGUUGCUUCUGGUUCAGGACACACCAGCUUGAUACAAUCAGUCUACGGAAACCUUUCAAAUCCACUCUUGGGAACUGUUUCAGCUUCUUGCGAAUGUGCCUGGAGUCGCAAUGGAUAAACUGACCAUUACAACUGACCCUCAAACUUAAGGUUUCAGUUGCUUGUUCAGCUAUUGUGGAAGGUCACUUUGGAAGUUAUGCUGAAUAACAGCACAUUGCUGAGGACAAAACUCUGUACACAACCACUUUUGCGUUAAGUUUGGUAAUCCUCCACUCUACCUUCCUAAUGUUACUUUGAGUAUGGAACGCAGGAAACAAUUUGAUAUGGCGUUACGAGAGUCUGCUGCAAAGUCAAGUAAAAAUGAUGCAGCACAAGUAGAUAAACCAUCAUCCUUCAGCUGUGUCAUCUGUGGCAAAAGUUUUCCUUUCCAGAGUUCCCUUUCACAGCACAUGCGAAAGCAUACUGGUGAAAAGCCAUACAAAUGUCCUUACUGUGACCAUAGAGCUGCACAGAAAGGCAACUUAAAGAUACACUUAAGAACCCACAGAACUGGCACACUUAAUCAGGUACAUGAUGUGGAAAUGGGAGAUGCACAUGUUGGAGAACUUGGUGCUUCUGAAGGUAUGGGUGGUUGUGCAAGCCCUACUAAAAGCACAUCCGCUUGCAACAAGAUACUCAAUGGUAGUAUUGAAGUAGAAGACUCUGAAAUGGGGGAAGAUGACAAGCCUGGCAACUACCAGUGCACCUUCUGCAAAAACAAAUAUGAUAGAAAGAAAGAUCUCGAUCAACACCUUCUACAAGUGCACAAGCCAUACAAAUGCAAGUUUUGUAGCUACAUGACAUUAAGAGAGGAGACACUGCUAAACCACAUUGAAAAGGACCAUAUCACAACAGCAAUCCCAUUAAAUCGGGAGGGUUUCCCUGAAAACUGCAAAAGUGAAGUUAACACAGGGGAGUUUCCUUGUGAAGUCUGUGGACAAGCGUUUGGUCAAGCAUGGUUUCUUAAAGCACACAUGAAAAAGCAUCGGGGAUCAUUUGACCAUGGAUGCCACAUAUGCGGCAGAAGAUUUAAAGAGCCUUGGUUUCUAAAGAACCACAUGAAAUCUCAUGGCCCAAAAACUGGGAACAAAAACAAACCUAAAUCUGACUCAGAACCAGUAGCAACUAUUAACAAUGUUGUUCAAGAAGAAGCUAUAAUGACUGGAUUAAGCCUUUAUGAAGUUUGUACGAAAUGUGGCAAUUUGUUUACGAACCUAGAAAGUUUAAAUGCACACAACUUAGUGCACUGCAAAAGUGAAGAACACUCUGCUGAAGACGACAAAGCAGAACAAAAAAAUGUUCACAAUGUAAAUGUAGACUAUCCUAUGGCCAAGGAAUGUUUCCUCGACUAUCUAAAACUAAGACCCUUACUGGAUACAAAUAAAAAUUCAAAUGGAGAGCAUGGAAAAAGAGUUCCUGAGCUUGAUCCAAUCAAUAGCUAUCAAGCAUGGCAGCUAUCUACAAAAGGAAAAGUAGCAGAGCCCACAGAAUAUGCUAAGUAUGUUGGUUGGGAUGAAACAAUGACAGAUACAGAUGUCACGUAUGAUAAAGAUAAAGGAGAAUAUGUUCUUGCUAACCAAGAUAAACGGAAACGGGAAACAGAAAAUCAGAGUACCAGUAACAGUAACUCAAAGAAGCGUAACUGUUCAACUAGUGGUCGUGUAGAGAAAAGUGGCAGUUCACAAUCAGGUGAAAAUAAUGUAGAGGGGCAGAGUGACUUGGAAUUCAGGCCACCAUCACGUCAGAGUAGACGGUCUUCUCAAAACAAGUCCACGGAGUGCUUUGAGUGCGGAAAGAUUUUUCGUACUUAUCAUCAGAUGGUGCUACAUUCCAGGGUGCAUAGAAAGGAACGUCGCAGCUUGAGUGAGAGUGGCUCUGUCUCUCAUAACGAUAGAUAUGGAUCCAAUAGUGAUGUUGACUCUGCUAGCAGAGCUAGUAGUCCAGACUCUGCUUCUGUCCCAGAUGAUUCUAUUGCCUCAGGUAUGGGAGAUGAUGGUGGUGAUGAUGACAACUAUGAAGAAGCCCCUCCUCCAACUCCAGGAACUAAGCCAUACCAUCGAAAGUUUUCUGGAGAUGAGCCCCCCAUACAGGAUUCUGCUACAAACUAUCACUUGAGUUCUGAUGAUACGAUCAAAUGUGAAACACCUAAUUGCAAAUCAGAGACCCAGUCCCCUCCUGCCUUAGUGUCUAAUAAACUUGCAGACUUUACCUUAGUAAAAUCUGAAUUUUCUUCAGAUAUAAAAAUACCAGCAUUCAAGUACAACAGUGUCCUUCCUGAUUCUGGAAAGCAUACCCAGGAUGGUAGUGUGGUAUGUCCUGUUAUUCAACAAAAUAAUGAUGUAACUAAAGAUUUGAAAAAGAAUUUGCAACCCGAAAGCAGCCAUCCAAAUGGAAUGUCACUUGAAUUGCUUAAGGGCCAUGCGGAACUGGAAAAAAACAGUGUUAUAAAACAAGAACUAAUACCCCUUGAUUUGAGUGAGAAGUCAACUAGAGAUGAGUCUUGCAGUAAGAGUUCUGUUUCAGCAUUGCAGGAAGACCUGGUUGUUCACCAAUGUCCUUUCUGUAGCCACAAGACCUAUUAUCCUGAGGUUCUGUGGAUGCACAAAAAGAUUUGGCACAAGGUCAGCUGUAACUCUAUGGCUCCUCCAUGGAUUCAGCAGAAUGGGUUCAAAAAUGUAAAAAAUAAUCUGCUCUUUUUAGGUAGAAAUGGGCGUACUGGUCCUCCUCCAGCACUCGGUGGCAAAGAUUGUCCACCUUUACCCAUUGCCAAGUUCUCUCAUACUCAGAUGUCAAGUCGGUCUUCUGCAUCCAAGGGCAACACUUCAAAUUCAGGAACAGUUUCCAAGGCAACACCACAGACAAACAACUCGCGUGGAUUUGGUGGAUCCAAAACUGCAAACUUUGAAACUCAAAGAGCACCUAAAUUACCACAUACACAGGAACAGUACAGUGUAGCAGUCCAGCAACCCCUACCAAAAUCUAAAUAUGAAACAAGCCCAAAAUUGGUCCAAACUGGAAGUUUCAAUAGAAACAUCACACCUGCUCAAACAUCAGUUUCACGUCAAAUUCUGCAGGCACCCAGUAGUAAGCAAGUAGAAAGAUAUAUGGUGCCUACAUUUCCCUCUCCAAAUAAACAUUCCUUACCUGAGACUGUUAAAUCCAAAUUUAAUCUGCAGCAGCCACAAUUUACAUUUCACAAAGUAGAACCACCCACAAAACAAGAGAGUUCUCCAGUGCCUCAGCGGGAAUCUCAGGGUAAAAUUAUUAAUGAUAUAAGCACUUUAACUAACUCUAGUGCAGGAUCCAGAACAAGCCCGGUAAUACAUUCACAGUCCAGUGCAACAGGUGCACUUCCAGCUUUCCAGACAGUCAAACAAGACUCUGUACAUGAUGGUCAUGAAAAAAGAUUGGACAUUUUAAAUAUUUUUAAGACCUACAUUCCAAAGGACCUUGCUACACUGUACCAAAGUUGGGGCGCAAAUAAUAACAAUAAUUUGGAUAACACAGGAAUGCUGAGGACACAGACACGACAAGGAGACUAUGUGUGCAUUGAAUGUGGAAAAUGUUUCAGCCAGCCGAGUCACUUAAGAACUCAUAUGAGGUCCCAUACAGGGGAGAGACCAUUCCAGUGCAGAUAUUGUCCAUACAGCGCCUCUCAAAAAGGGAACCUAAAAACACAUGUGCAGUGUGUGCACCGGGUACCUUUUGACAACAGCGAGUACCCUGACAAGCUGCUCCUUCGACCUCAGGUUGACGAUUCCUGCAGUUACAUGGAGGAUCAGCUAGAAAAUUUGCCUUCAAAUUACCAAGUUAAUGGCGCCAUAGCGCUGAAGUAAAAUACAUCAAAUAUAUAAAAAAAAGAAGAAAUGAACAACAGCCGCUUUCCAAAGUGCUGGUAUAAUCUGAACUUAUUAAUAUUUGAUAAUAAAUUACGAUGUGCAGAAAUCAUCCUUCUCUACUGAAAUGCUUCAGAUAUUGAGGUGAUAAUUAAUGAAGUGGCAUUUCAUUUCACACACUGGAAGAAAGGGCGCAACUUAAAAUAUAAGCACUGGUCUUUUUAUUUGCUCUGACGGACAGCGUGAUCUAAGAGUAGCGAUGAAUGAUUCAAGUACAGUGUAUAAUACUCUGGCCUAGAACCAGAUCUUCUGUAAAGUUGCAUAAUAUUAUGCAUUAGUGGAAUUUUGAGGCUGCUCCAUGUUUUUCAUGGUCUUUGAUAAAGACGAUGCUUUAGAAGAUGCCGCAUUAUCUCGGGGGACACGGAUUUUGAACAAGGAAACACAUUUAUGCUACCGGAACACUAACAAAAAAAAAUCUUUUAAAAUGCUUAAUUUUACUCUCAGGACCUUUUUAUAAUAGGGCUACUUUAUUUAAACUGCUCACAAUGAAAUUAUGCAAGUUGGUUUUCUCCAUAAUAGCUACACAUCAACUCACAAUUUAAAUACUGUAUUAAAAAAACAACAACCUAGUUGUGCAUGGACUAGCAGAAACCGCUGCAUGCUCCUGUCUCACCACCGUAAAACGCUCCCUUGAAGUCCAUAUCUUGGGAGAAGUCUUAAAUUGUUUUUCGGAUUGUGGCAUGUCUUUUUCUUAAUGCUUUGUCUCUGAUAUUUGGUGGUAUUGAGGUUGUGGUGGGAGAUGAAGAAAAAAAAAAAGCUUUAUAUACCUCUUCUGCGGCAACUUUUCAUGGCGAGGUAGUGGUAAAUCAAAAUGGACGACUAUUGAAGCAGUGAACUCAACUUACCCCACUCAUUGCGAAAGACGCUUGUUACGCUGCUUUGUGAGAAUGGGGCUUCACACAUGUAUUCCAUAGAUAUAAAUAUUUUUUUCUAUUGCUGUGACACUGUGUGUAACAGUAAUGCCUCUGAGAGUCUCAAAAUUUGCACAUAUGAUGUUAUGCAUUAUCAACAAAGUUACUGCUGCCUUGAAAGAAAAUCUUCUGUGAAAAAAAAAAAACAAAAAACAAAACUUUUCGCAAAA